AGAUAAAGAAAGUAUCGAAGAAAAUUAAUUAUUGUUAUUACUAUUACAUUGCUGGGGUCCGUCUUGAAUUUUAUGCGCGGGUUGGCCGCGGCUUGCGGCAAUCUAUAUAAGGAGGGGUUCCAGAGCUCAGAUACCCACGCUGGCUGUCAUUAGUUGUAUCUCGGAGGCGGAGGAAGGGGAGGUGAGUGCGCCGCUUCUGUCGUCACCAGCACAAGAGCGAACUUCCAUGACCGUGCCUGACUUUGAGGGUAAUCCGCAGAAGCUGCGCGAUGAUGGAGCCGCUGAUGUUGAAGUGCCCGAUACCGCUCACCAGAUUAGCAGAGAUUCAUGGUUUCAAGUGGGCUUUGUUCUCACCACCGGAAUCAACAGCGCAUAUGUACUUGGAUACUCUGGUACCAUCAUGGUUCCCCUCGGUUGGAUAUAUGGUGUGGUUGGUUUGAUUGCUGCUGCUGCGAUAUCACUGUAUGCAAAUUCCCUUAUUGCCAAGCUCCAUGAGUUUGGAGGAAGGAGGCAUAUAAGAUACAGGGAUCUUGCUGGAUAUAUCUACGGUGGAAAGGCAUAUUCUCUUACAUGGGCGCUGCAGUAUAUCAAUCUUUUCAUGAUAAAUACUGGCUACAUCAUUUUGGCUGGUUCAGCACUAAAGGCCGUCUAUGUUCUGUUUAGGGAUGAUCAUCAAAUGAAGCUUCCAUAUUUUAUUGCCAUAGCUGGAUUCGUGUGUGCAAUGUUUGCUGUAUGCAUCCCCCAUCUUUCAGCUCUGAGAAUUUGGCUGGGAUUUUCAACAGUCUUCAGCCUAAUAUAUAUUGUAACAGCUUUUGCGUUGUCGCUUAAAGACGGCUUGAAAUCACCAGCUCGAGAUUACAGCAUCCCCGGUUCAACAACAAGUAAAAUAUUUACAACAAUUGGAGCGUCUGCUAGUCUUGUGUUUGCAUAUAAUACAGGGAUGCUUCCCGAGAUACAGGCAACUAUCAGGCAGCCGGUAGUCAAAAACAUGAUGAAAGCUCUAUAUUUCCAGUUUACAGUUGGAGGUCUACCUCUUUAUUUGGUAACAUUUACAGGGUAUUGGGCUUAUGGAUCUUCCACAUCAUCCUAUUUGCUGAGUAAUGUGCAUGGUCCAGUCUGGUUGAAAGCCACUGCCAACAUUGCUGCCUUUUUGCAGUCAGUCAUCGCAUUGCAUAUAUUUGCAAGUCCAAUGUAUGAGUUUUUGGAUACUAAAUACGGGAUCACAGGAAGUCCGUUGGCUCUGAAGAACUUGUCAUUUCGAGUUUUGGUAAGGGGUGGCUACUUGGCCUUCAAUACAUUUGUGUCUGCUCUCCUUCCUUUCCUUGGAGAUUUCAUGAGCCUCACAGGAGCUAUCAGCACAUUUCCGCUGACAUUUAUACUGGCGAAUCAUAUGUAUUUAGUGGCAAAGAAGAACAAACUAACGUCCUUACAAAAGCUCUGGCACUGGCUUAAUGUUUGUUUCUUUGGCAUCAUGUCUGUUGCUGCCGCAAUUGCAGCACUACGGCUCAUCGCUGUUGAUUCCAAAACGUACAGCCUUUUUGCUGAUUUAUGAUUAAAUCCAAUUUAUUCUCUAAGCAAAUGCAAA